GGUAACCAAGUUUAGCUUUCUAAACAUGAUGUAGGCUCAUGAAGUUAUAGUUUUAUUGUUUUUGUAAGUUGUAGUUGGGUCUGUUUAUGUUAUUUUAUUAUUAACUCACAGAGAAUCAAUUUUCCCAACAGUAAAAAGGCGAAAAUGUUUGAAAAACAGUUGCUAACCUUGGUAUUCGUUAGAAAACAAGCUGAGGUGCUGUUAGGUUUAAAAAAACGAGGAUUCGGAAAAGGAAAAUGGAAUGGCUUUGGAGGAAAAGUUGAACCUUCAGAAACUAUUGAACAGGCAGCUAAAAGGUAUACUUUGAAUUUAAAGAUGAAACCUCAGUGGUAUCCAAUAACUUCAGUACCUUUUGACAAGAUGUGGGCUGAUGAUAAACUGUGGUUCCCACUCUUACUGGAAAGUAAGAAGUUUCAUGGGUACUUCAAGUUCCAGGGUCACGAAACCAUUCUAGAUUAUCAGCUUAAAGAAGUGUCUAGUUUGGAGUCAAAUCUUUGA